GGCAUCAUGUGGACCCUCGUGCCCACCGCUUUUGCUGGAAAGAUGCUGAGCACGUUCAGGCAGCCUCUGAGCUCUCUCUGGCGGAGCCUGGUCCCUCUGCUCUGCUGGCUGAAGACAGUACUCUGGUUGCCAGGCACCGAGAGGCAGCAGCAGCAGAUCAGGAAAGAGCCAGAUGAGACCAGAGAGGAAGAGAAAGAGGACAUCCCUCUGCCCACCACCCCCACCAGUGUCAACUACCAUUUCACGCGCCAGUGCAACUACAAGUGUGGGUUCUGUUUCCACACGGCCAAAACGUCCUUCGUGCUGCCCCUCGAGGAGGCCAAGAGAGGACUGCUGUUGCUUAAGGAGGCUGGUAUGGAGAAGAUCAACUUUUCAGGUGGAGAGCCGUUCAUUCAGGACCGGGGAGAGUACCUGGGCCAGCUGGUGAAGUUCUGCAAACAGGAGCUCCGGCUGCCGAGCGUGAGCAUCGUGAGCAACGGGAGCCUAAUCCGGGAGAGGUGGUUCCGGAAUUACGGUGAAUACUUGGACAUUCUCGCCAUCUCCUGCGACAGCUUCGACGAGCAAGUCAAUGUCCUGAUUGGCCGUGGCCAAGGAAAGAAGAACCACGUGGAAAAUCUUCAGAAACUGAGAACGUGGUGCAGGGAUUAUAGAGUCGCUUUCAAGAUAAAUUCUGUCAUUAACCGAUUCAACGUGGACGAGGACAUGAACGAGCAGAUCGAAGCGCUAAGCCCCGUCCGCUGGAAAGUGUUCCAGUGUCUCUUAAUUGAGGGUGAGAAUACUGGAGAAGAUGCCUUAAGAGAAGCGGAAAGAUUUGUCAUCAGUGAUGAAGAAUUUGAAGGAUUCUUAGAACGCCACAAAGAAGUGUCCUGUUUGGUGCCCGAAUCUAACCAGAAGAUGAAAGACUCCUACCUUAUUCUGGAUGAAUAUAUGCGCUUUCUGAACUGCCAAAAUGGACGGAAGGAUCCUUCCAAGUCUAUCCUGGAUGUUGGAGUAGAAGAGGCUAUAAAAUUCAGUGGAUUUGAUGAAAAGAUGUUUCUGAAGCGAGGAGGAAAGUAUGUAUGGAGCAAGGCAGAUCUGAAGCUGGAUUGGUAAAGCUGAAAGUGGAACAAGAGUUAAACCCACCAGCAGGGAAAAGAAAACUCCUGGCGUGGCUGCCAUUGUUGGCAAUACUGUCCUGUUGGUAUUUCUCAACGGCUGGAAAUCUGAUUUCUGCUGCACAUCACAUCUGAUUAUCUGUGGUCACUGAACACAUAAAUAACUUGGAUAACUUAAAUCCAUAGAUAAUGCAAAACGGUUAA